AUGGAGUUUGUUACUGACUUUAAACAUAAUCAUCAGGGUAAGGUUCAGAAUCUGAAGUCUCAAAUUGAAAAAAUGAAAUAUGAAAGAGAUAGAAUCCAGCAUUCUAAGGGAAAGGAAGAAGAGAUUGAACAAGAUGUCCAGAGUUGGCUGACUCAUGCGGAGGACAAAAUCAAGGAAGAGGAAGAGAUAGUGAAGAGUCUUGAAGUAGAAGCAAAGAAGAGGUGUGUCAUUGGCCUGUGUCCUAAUUUCAAGUCUCUUAACCAGCUCUACAAGGUAGCUGAAGAGAAUGCAAAGGCUAUUCUGGAACUCAUUCAACAGGCAGAAUCUCACAAGUUCAAUAAUAAAAGCAAUGUUCAGAACUUGGAGAAUCAAGCUGAGGCUGAGAAAAGAAACAGGAUGAUGGAUGUUGAACAGGACAAGAAAACCAAUGAUGAGGCAGAGAAGGUGAAUAAAGUCGAAGAUAAGGAAGAGAACAAAAGUUUGGUUUGGUUGUAUCCUAAAUUCAAGUCUCCUAACCAGGUCAGCAAUUCCGCAGAAGAUGAUGGCAGGGUCAUUGGCAGUGAGCUAAUCGAACAACACAGGUUUGAUGGAGGUUUAUAUCCUGCUAGAUCCCAGGAGACAGAAUCUAUGCCUAUCCAAUGUUAUAAGGCUUUUGAAUCAAGAAAAGAUACUAUGGAAAAUAUCAUGAAAGCCUUGAAGGAUCCUGAUUUCAAGAUCAUUGGUGUGUAUGGGAUGGCUGGCGUGGGCAAGACUGUGCUCGUGAAAGAGGUUAUGAGGAAAGUGAGGGCAGAAAGCUUGUUUGACGAGGUUGCAAUGGCAACUGUUUCACGCAAUCCAAACAUAAAAGAAAUUCAAGGAAAAAUUACAGAUGCAUUAGGCCUGAAAUUUGAUGAGGAGAGUGUGUUUGGAAGAGCAAUGAGGCUGCAGCAGUGGUUGAAGGAAGAAGAUAAAAGGGUUCUUCUAGUUUUAGAUGAUGUUUGGCUAGGACUGGACUUAGAAGAAGUUGGGAUUGCUUUUGAAGGGUACCAGAAUAUUGCAAGCGAAGAAGAUCUAGGACCAAUGAUCCAAAAUAUUAAUGGAAAUGCUUUUCAGAAAUUCUCUGCUGUUAGACUCAAAAUAUUGCUGACUUCCACAAGCCAAGAAGUACUCAACCACAUGAAAACGGAAAUGAAUUUUGAAGUCGAAGUGUUAACCAAUGAAGAAGCAAUGGUUUGGUUUGAAAAAAUCGUGGGUGAUACAGCAAUGCAGCCUGCUAAUCCACAAAUAGUGACCAGAGUGGUGAAAAACUGUGCAGGUUUUCCAGUGGCUAUUUCAGCAAUUGCAGCUGCAUUGAAAAUACGGGGCUUUAAUAUUUUGGUGGAAGCCUUGCCGGAAGAGAGAAAACCAAUUCCAACCAAAGUAGAAAAUCUGAAAAGUGUUUACUUGACAAUACAGUUGAGUUACAGCUUGUUAAAGAAACCGAAACUGCAGUCACUUUUCCAACUCUGUGCCUUGCUACCGCAAGGUUCUGAUAUUCGUGUGUCUUACUUGCUAAGGUACAACUUGGGUGUGAAAAUAGCAAGAAAUGUAAGCACAUUGGAGAAAGCAAGCAAAAGUGUGAAUAAGCUCAAAGAUGCUGGUUUAGUAAGUGGUGACAAUGAUGAGCUGGUGAAAAUGCAUGACAUUGUUCGUGAUGUCUUCAUUUGGAUUGCAUCUGAAGAUAAGCAGAUGUUUGUUAUAGAGGAUGAAAUCCGUUUGGAAGAAUUGCUGAAGCAGGGAAAACUCAAAAAUUGCACUGCCAUCUCACUGCCAUUUAGUAACAUUCAUGAGCUUCCAUGCAGGUUGGUAUGUCCCAGACUAAAGUUGCUGGUUUUGCUAAACAAAAAUCCAUCGUUAAAAGUCCCAGAAACAUUUUUUCAAGAGAUCACUGAACUCUUGGUAUUAGAUUUGACUGGGAAUCUAACCAAGCUUAGGUCGUUAGACUUGAGCAAUUGUUCCAAACUUAAGGUCAUUCCAGCAGAAAUCAUAUCAGGCUUGUCUAAUUUGGAGGAACUGUUUUUGUGCAAUAGCUUUGAUCAAUGGGGUGUUGAAGAUUGGCCAGCAGAAUUGUUCUUUGAAAAGUUGGACAGAUACAAGAUUCUGAUUGGGGAGGUCUGGAAAUGGUCUGGAAAGUAUGAAAAAAGGAGGAUUCUGAAACUCAAGCUUACUAAGGGAAUUCACUUGGAUCGUGGAGUUAAACUGUUGUUGCAGAAAACUGAAGACCUAUAUCUAGAUGAAUUGAAAGGCAUCAAGAACUUGCUUUAUGAGCUGGACAGCACAGGUUUUCCACAACUUAAGAAUCUCUACAUACAAAAUGGUAAUGAAAUUCAGUUCAUUAUUAACUCUACAAAGGUGGUUUCUGGUAAAGCCUUUCCUAUCUUGGAGUCAUUGUUUCUUCAGAAUCUGAUUAACUUGGAGAAGAUAUGUCAAGGCAAACUUGAAGAAGAAUGUUUCAAGAGAAUGAAAAUUAUAAGCGUCAAAUGUUGUGAUGGACUGAAGAAUCUGUUUUCAUUCUCCAUGACCAAAAUGCUUCUCCAUCUUCAAGAAAUUAAAGUGAUAAACUGCAAAAGCAUUGAAGAGAUUGUUGUUGAAGUGAGAGAGAAAAGUACUAGUGUAGCAACCAAUAAAACAGAGUUUUGCGAAUUGCGAUCCUUAACACUGCAACUUCUACCUGAGCUUGGUAGUUUCUGCUCUAAAGAGAAGAGUCAUUCCAUAUAUCAACAGGAACCAGUGAAUACAAGGUUGUGUUUCCUGUCCUUGAAAACCUGCGAUUGUCCGCAAUCAACAUUGAAAGGAUAUGGCAGAAAACAUCUUAUUGCAGUCAGAAUUUGA